AUAAGGUCUGAUAAAUCUGUAUAAAUUCUAUAGAAGCUAUUUUUCCCAAUAUUUAAUUUUCCCAAAGCCUCAUGAUGGCUAGCGAAUCAGAAGAAGCUCGGCCUGAAUCAGCACUGCUAAGCUCCGAUGAAUGUUUCAUGGCACAUUGCUUGAUAGUCGCUCAACAAAGUAAGGACCCAAACACUCAAGUAGGAGCUUGUGUUGUCGAUGUUAAAGGGUCCAUUUUGGGUUCGGGCUAUAACAAGAUGCCUAAUGGGUGUGAGUCGCUUCCUUGGUCUAGGAACCACAAACACCGUGAUCAUGAAACAGUUUUGUACACGAAAUAUCCUUACGUUUGUCAUGCUGUACUAAAUGCUAUUAUAAGCAGCAAAGGAGGUGUGGAAGGAGGCACUGUUUACACCACUCUGUUUCCUUGUUACGAGUGUGCAAAAUUGAUUAUACAAAGUGGAAUUAAAAAGGUGGUGUAUUUUACUGACAGGUAUGAGGAGGAUACUGAGAGCCAAGGUGCUAGGAAAUUGUUCGAGACGGCAGAAAUUGACCACAUUGAGUUUAGUGGAUUAAAGGAUCUUGUCAUUGAUUUUACCAACCCCAGAACUCCUUUGAAAUUUAUGCGUGAAUAACCAGCAGAGAUGAAACGCAAGCACUAAAAAAUUCUAUCUUUAAAUCCAAUUUUUCAAGAUUUAAUCGUAAUUUAGAACAAAAAUAUAUCAUUUCCAAGU